CUGUUUUGAGGCGAGAAGUCAGAGGUCGGGGGGUCCAGAGGAGUGUAGGGACUUGAAUACGAGAAUAUUCCUUGUGUGAGCAUGCUCCCCACUCUGGCACUCAGAGGCUGGACUUCGGCACUUAGCUCAGGAAUGUCCAGGUUGACCGGCUCCUUGUUGACUGUGGUCUAUCAGGGAGCUGGGAUGCUUGAUGCAGUGUCACCCCCUGCUGUUGGCUGGCAGUACUACAGGCGACACAUGGCCACCCUGAACCAGAUGCACAAGAAGGGAAGACCCAAACCCCCGCCACCCAAACUGGGCAUAACCGCGGGCCGCCCGCAGCUCAAAGCCGUGGUGUUGAAGACCAUGAUCCGCAAACCCAAGAAACCCAACUCUGCCAACAGGAAGUGUGCACGUGUGCGUCUGAGUAACGGCAAAGAGGCCAUUUGCUUCAUCCCCGGUGAGGGCCACAACUUACAGGAACACAACAUUGUGCUGGUGGAGGGCGGCCGCACACAGGACCUGCCAGGGGUCAAGCUCAAGGUCAUCCGUGGGAAGUACGACUGUGCUCACGUUCAGAAGAAAAAAUAACCCAUGGCUCGGCUUCACGGCAACAACAAUAAUAAUAAUAAUAAUGGGAAUGAAUAUUAAAGUGCCAGCGCAGUUCAAUUUAUUUCUCCCAA